CGUUUACACACAGUCGUGUCGUUGGUCGUUGGUGUAGUUCAAGUAGUGAUGGGUGUUGUUCUAGUUGAAAUUUGUGCUAAGAGUUUCUACGAGAUGUGUUGUUAAAGUGCAGUUAAAUGUGUAAAUAAUUAUGAAGUGUUGUGGUCUCAUUACGUAGGAAGACAUGUUUCGUUGUAUUCCUAUUUUCAAGGGAUGUAAUCGGCAAGUCGAAUAUGUUGACAAGCGUCACUGUUCACUACCGUCUGUCCCCGAAGACAUUUUGCGUUAUUCAAGAAGCCUUGAGGAACUUCUGUUGGAUGCCAACCAUAUCAAAGAUCUUCCAAAGAACUUCUUUCGGUUGCACAGACUACGUAGGCUAGGCCUUAGUGACAAUGAAAUUCACAGGUUGCCACCUGAAAUUCAAAACUUCGAAAACUUGGUUGAGUUGGACGUUUCCAGAAAUGAUAUACCAGACAUUCCAGAAAACAUCAAGAAUCUGCGAGCUCUUCAAGUCGCAGAUUUCAGUAGCAACCCCAUUCCAAUGUUACCACCAGGUUUCGUCCAGCUCAAGAACUUGACGGUUCUGGGGCUCAAUGAUAUGUCCCUGACCAAUCUUCCACCAGAUUUCGGAUGUUUGAUCAGCUUACAAUCAUUAGAGCUCCGAGAAAAUCUGCUCAAAUCAUUACCUGAGUCUCUAUCCCAGUUGAGUAAAUUAGAACGACUCGACCUAGGAGACAACGAAAUUGAAGUUCUGCCGGAACACAUAGGAAGGCUGCCUGCUCUCCAAGAGUUAUGGUUAGAUCACAACCAAUUACAGCAUUUACCGCCGGAAAUUGGUUACCUAGAGAAUUUGAAUUGCUUGGACGUCUCCGAAAAUAGGUUAGAGGACUUACCAGAAGAAAUAGGUGGAUUGUGCAAUCUGACGGACCUGCAUUUAUCGCAAAACGUAGUGGAAACUCUGCCCGAUGGUCUCGGCCAACUGCAUAGGCUCACCAUCCUCAAAGUCGACCAAAAUAGGCUAGCAAUAUUGAACGCAAAUAUUGGACAAUGUGCAUCCCUCCAAGAACUCAUUCUGACGGAGAAUUUCUUAGUAGAGCUGCCAUCUAGCAUAGGAAAUCUCACUCAGUUGACUAAUCUAAAUGUUGACCGAAAUAGCCUUCAUAGUCUUCCUCUAGAAAUCGGAAGGUUAUCACAGUUGGGUGUAUUAUCAUUAAGAGAUAAUAAACUACAAUACCUUCCAUCUGAAGUUGGAAAUUGUUCAGAACUGCAUGUGCUUGAUGUAUCUGGUAAUAGGUUACAAUACUUGCCGAUGUCGCUGGCCAACCUGAGCCUGAAGGCGGUGUGGCUGUCCGAGAACCAGGCGCAGCCGAUGCUCAAGUUCCAGACCGACACGGAUGAGGCGACCGGCGACCAGGUGCUCACCUGCUUCCUGCUGCCCCAGCUCGAGUACCAGACCGACAUCAAUGCGUCAGUCCACCACCACCAGCCCUAUGACUUUGCUGUCUCUCCCCCAGAUGGCGGCCGGCGCAGGGGGCGGGGCGACGACAGUGACGAUGAGGAAGAGGAGGAGGAUGACAAUUGGGAGGAGAAGGAGGCCUCCCGCCAGCACUCUGUCAAAUUCACCGACGAUGUCCAACAACAGGAAACUGGCAAAGAGACUCCAUUCGUCCGUCAGAAUACACCUCAUCCUAAGGAUUUGAAAGCGAAGGCUCAUAAAUUAUUUAGUAAAUCGAAAAGUAAUGACAGUAGAGAACUGUCAGUUGAGGAGGAGGAUAGCCGGACGCAGAAUGACAGGCUUUAUUCAAGUGAAGUGGAGCAGAAUAGUGAUAGAAGCUCUCUAACCGAAACUGUGUCCAGAGAUGGCGAUCUUAUCAAGGAAUUGACUUCAAAAUUGUUGAUACGAGAGGGAAAGGCAACUGCAAACGCGGCAGCCAGUGAGACGGCAAGCGACACGGGGCAUAGUGAAAUGGAAGACGACGUUGUAAGCAACCAGGGCUUGUCGGGCUUGCAGGAGAGGCAUGUGGAGUUCGAGUCGCCGACGCGGCAGUCGGGGGCGGGAGCUGGGGCGGGGGUGGCUUAUGCAGAGGCGGCGGAUGCGGAGGGGGCGGAUCGGCCCAACCGACUGCACCGUCGCGACACCCCCCACCACCUCAAGAACAAACGCAUCAACCAGCAUCACAAUCUCGACAAAGAGAAAGUGGCUGCCAUUAUUGCAAACGCGAUAAGCAAGAAGAGGGGCGAAGACGACGCUGUAGACAGUGACAGAGGAACGUUCUAUCCCACUCCGCCUGACUCGGUGUCCGACCGCACUCAUGAUCUGGGAGUGAGCCAAAGCGACAUCAGAGAAGAGACAUUCGACAUUCACAUAAAGAAAACAUCAUCUGGACUUGGACUGUCAAUAGCCGGUGGCCUGGGGUCGACGCCUUUCAAGGGCGAGGAUGAGGGAAUUUUCAUAUCGAAAAUAUCCGAAGGAGGACCGGCUGAUUGUGCAGACCUCAGGGUGGGUGAUAAAGUGAUAUCGGUGAAUGAUCGUUCUCUGGUCGGCAUCAACCAUUACGACGCCGUUGAAAUCCUUCUUACGGCUGGUUCAGAUCUGGUUCUCCGGAUAGUAAGGGAAUUCGGUCCUAUUCCGAAUAAGCAAAACUCGCCGACAGCGCGAACUGCUGAUUCAGCAUGUUCGAGCUUGAGCACAAGUCGAGCGCCGAGUGCCGCAUCUCAUACGUCGGGAUUCGAGAGUGCGUCGGCACUGAAUGGACCCACCUCGCACCCAAAGCCCAAACACAACGAUGACGUCAAAAAACAGAAACUAUUAGUUUACACGACGCUGAUCCGAGCGCAGAACGGUCUCGGCUUCAGUAUUGCUGGUGGUAAAGGCUGUGUGGUGGAGAACGAUUCGGAUAUUAUUUAUAUAUCGAAAAUAACGCCAGGUGGAGUGGCCGAGAAGGACGGGAAGCUGCAGGUGGGCGAUCGGGUCAAGUCGAUAAACGGGGUGGACAUGACGGGAGCCACGCAUGCGCAGGCGGUUGGUCUGCUCACCAACAUGGAGAGGUUUGUGCGGCUGGUGGCUGAGCGGGAGGUGCCAGUCUCUGAGCUGCAGCAACAGCAGCAGAGGUCGCCGCGACUGUUUGGGCCGCCGAAGCCCUACUCGACGGCGCAGGGAGGCCUCUACUCACCCGACAGCUACAUGGCCAACCGGCCUGGCUACACGGCUUCCCCCGCCGUCGCUGCCCCAGCCGCCGCACCGCCCAAGCCCGCUCCACGAAAGCUCACACAUUCCACCUCGUCAACCACCUCUGAACCCGAAUCUCCGCAGGAUGUGACCCUGGUGAAAGCUGGUGGUUCUCUGGGUUUCAGUAUUAUUGGAGGGACUGAUCAUUCAUGCAUUCCAUUUGGUGGUGCCAAUCCAGGAAUAUUUGUUUCACAUGUUGUUCCUGGAGGCAUUGCUGCGAAUUCUGGUAAACUGAGAAUGGGAGACAGAAUAUUGAAAGUUAACGGCCAAGAUAUUUCCAAGUGCAGUCAUCAGGAUGCCGUUAUGGCACUACUCACCUCUGGCGAUGAAAUUGUUCUCAAUGUUCAACACGAUCCACUUCCUGAAGGCUAUCAGAAAUUGACCAUCGUAAGAGGAGAGGGAGAAAAGCUGGGAAUGCAUAUCAAGGGAGGCCUGCGUGGACACAGGGGCAAUCCUCUCGAUAAGACUGACGAAGGAGUUUUCAUUUCGAAAAUAAAUUCAGGCGGUGCAGCAAAGAGAGACGGACGAUUGAAGGUCGGAAUGAGACUAUUAGAAGUGAACGGCACAUCUCUUCUAGGAGCUUCGCACCAAGAAGCUGUCAACUGUCUGAGAACGUCCGGCCGAGAAAUCCAAUUAGUUGUUUGUAAAGGUUAUGACAAAGCCGAAAUAGAGAAACUCUUAGCUGAAGGCAAGUUGACUAAAGAGAAUAAGUCCGCCUCUCACAGUGUAUCUAGUCUUGACAAGGAUUACGACUCUGAUACCUUGAAGCAGGAACAGGAAAUGAAACAGGAGCUUGUUGCCUGGGAAAAGGAAGAAGAAGAUGUACGGAAAGAAAAAGACUGCAAAGAGUUGGACGAGAUUAGAUCGAAAUCAACUCCUGAAAAGGUGCUGGAUGUAGUGCGGGCAGCUGAGCUGCUGGCGCUUGGCGGGGCGGACACCUUAACCAAGCCCAAAUCGCCCGGGGGACCAAAAUCGGGUGACAGCCUCAAAACGACCACCAUUGUCAUGAGCAAGCACACGCUCGCACCUCAGUCCAGUCAACAGCCACAACAACAGCAGCAGCAGCAGCAGCAAAUCACUCCAACAACACCGACUAACACGACUGGUCCUGUAAAAGCAUCUGUCAGUGAUAAGAAGAAAUUCUUCGAGAAGGCAAUGGAAGAGCAUCAUCAACCCUCUCCAAAACCAGAGCGAGUUUUUUCGUUCCUAAGCCAAGAUGAAGUGGAGAAGAUGAAGCAAGAAGAAGAGCGAAAAAUAGCCUCAUUAUCAAGAUCUGAACUCAAAAACUGGAGUAGAAUAGACGAGAAUGAAGAAGACGGGUUUGGUGCAGAGAAUGAAGAUGAAAACAGACCAUCUUCAAAUGAAAAUCCUCUUGCUGGUCUUGGCAAUGUCCAUACAGCCAAAGCUGAAAGAAGAUUAAAGGAGAGACUUCUGCAAGAGGGUCUACUGAGUGACGAGGAUCUCGAUCUGACUCCAGCUGAACAGAGGGCGCUGCGUGCUGAACAGAGAGCCGCUUGGAGAACUGCCAGAUUGAAAUCACUUGAGCAGGAUGCCCUGCAAGCUCAGAUAGUAAUUAAGAAAAUGAAUGAAAUGAUAAAGAGCAAAGAACAGGUCCAAGACUCGGACAAGGAUGGUCCGCCGCCGCUCAUUGAGAAUGCCCUCAUCGAGGCAGGUGACACCAACAGCACCGAAUCCAACAACACUGUUCUGCUCGAAAACAACAAUGAGCCUCUCAACCCUCUACCCAGACAUGAUCAUCAAAACAAUCUGCCCGAGCUUAUUCAGUUUGUUUGUUCCAUGUAUAAUGAACAGCAAGGUGGAAACCACGAGAGAGAAGAUAGUCUCGUUGGAAUUGAGCAGUCCAAAAUGGACAAGUGAAAAAGACACUGAUGUGAACAGCGGCGACGACAGCUUGGAUAGCAAACGGAUUGCAAAUGACUCGACCGACGAAAACGAAAAAGACGAAACCGAAGAAGAAGACAUCGAUGAUGAUGAUGACGACGACGACGACGACGACGAUGAUGAUGAGGAGGAGGACGAUGAAGAACAAGGAGGUGAAGAUGUGGAGAAUGAUAGUAGUAAUUCCAGUUCUCCAAACAAAGAUGUCGACCAAACGGUCAAGAGAUAAAGUAUUAGAACAUUCAGAUAAGGCAUUUACAUCCGUCCUCUUCCAUUAACCAAUCACUCAUCAUUUCAUUCUGUUGAUAACAUCUGAUCGAACCCCAUCUCAAAUAAUGUCUCUUUUAUAAAAAUUAGAUUGGUGAAAAAAUAAUUUCAAUAUUGAUGAUUAAGAUGGAACUCCAGGAUUAUAAAUUGUGAAUAAGAUAAUUAUUAUUGUAUCUAUAAAAUAAUAUUAAUUUUUCAAGCCAGUAAUUCUAUUCAUUGUUAUAAUAUUCAUGCAUGAAUAGUAUUGCAACGGAAUUGUUCUAUGUGAUUAUUAUUAUUGUACAUUGAUUAAUAGCUUAAGAACGUAGACAUUUGAAUAGUAUCUUAUUGAAUGUCAUUUCCAGUAUUCAAUCCGAAUCAUUAAAAAGUAUUUUAUUAUAUAUGUAAGUCUAAUCCAAACUUUUAUAUUUUUACAACUUUUGAACAAAUGACAUGGCCAUUUUGUAAGUAAUGUAAUAGACAUUUACUGUAACCUGCGAACAUUCAUAGUGAUUUUUGUGAAAUUCAAAAUCAUUGAUUUAUACAAGUGUACUUAAUUCGGACACUAAUUAUCCUUUUAUUGGAAUCAGCUAUCAUAAUUAUAAUGUAAGAUAGUCUGCGAUAGUUUAAAAUUUGGGACAAAAAUCCAUCACUCUUCUUUUUAAAACUUGUGGCGCUAAUUUGUAAUAUUCUUCAAAACACUAGAAGAUUUAUUUUUCAAGCAUAGCAUUCUUCAAGUUGAAUACAAGCUUCUAUAUCCAAGGAGCUCUAAUUUUGUUGCUAAUCUUCAUUGAUUUUAAAUCCUAAAAUAAUCUUUGUGCUUUCAUUUCACAUUGAAAAAAUAAAUGACUUACUUCUACCCACGUUAAUUUUAAAUCUCUUUCUGAGAAAAAUUUGUAAUAAUGAUUAGAGUGGGUUAUCGUACUUCAUAUCGCUUACCGGUGUACGUUUAAACUCGUUCAACAUAGAUAGAAUAAAGCAAGAAUCUUUCAACAGAUGAUAAAUUGUUGAAAAACCAAUUACUUGUUUGGAAAGUAUCCAGUAUUGAGUUAUUACUCAUUUGUGUAGCCUUCAAAUAUUAUUACAUUCCCAAGAAAUGAUGCGUAACUAAGUCCGUCUACAUAAACGAUUCUUAAAAACGUUCUCAACCAAUUAGAAUGUUUCUAGUAACCUUUCAAGUAAUGCAACCAAAGAUUACAUGGCUAAGAGCGUUCUUGAUAAUCGUAUAUAAAUACGGUCUUACACGUGGUUUAAAACCGAUCAACUAUGAAUAUGAAGCUGGCACUUUUCAAGUUUUGCAAUUUUCAUUAUAAUUUUCUUAGUAGUUUGAGCUACAUUCAAAUACUGAUAUUGUGUUUAAAAUAAGAAUUAUUGAGAAUGUUAAUUUGAUUGAAUUGGAAGAAAUUUUGAAUGAUAUUUCUUAGCGUCAUUAGCAUCUGUUUUAUAAUAACAUAAAACUAAUUAUUAAUAAUAGAGAUUUUUACGUUUGACUGUGAGCUCUAUUCUUCUGAAUUUUAUGUUUAGUUCAGUAUUAUAUAGGAAAAUCGUGGGUCCAGUUGAUUAACUCUAGCGUUUAAUUUGAACAAUUCCAUUUUUCUAUACUGUCUAAACGCCUGUUGAAGCUCUUUAGUAUUCAUUCCAACAUAUUAACCUAUAAUUUGCUAAAUAUAUGUUAUUUAUUACAUCAUAUUCUAAUUCAUUCCUAAGCGGAUACCUCACUUUGUCGUUUGUGGAAAUUGUUCCCGCACGCUUCUCUUGUAAUUACAGUAUUAAUGUUCGAAGAAUGUUCAAUUCUCAAACAACUUAUUUGUUCUAUUCGUACUUGAAGAAUGAAAGACAGUAUUAACUUUACACAACUUGCAAGUUGGAAAUAAUCUGUUGGAUAAUUUUUAUAGAAUUGAAACUGUUAUGAUUAAGUGUAGCCUACUAUUUAUUCAUUCAAAUAUAUAUGUUUAUUCAUUAUACUAUCUCAUUUAAUAGCUCAACUACCCAUUCAACUUGACUUGCAUUAUAAUAUUUUUAUAUUCAUUUCAAAGACAUCACUCAAAUUUAUGUAAUCUACAUACUUGUGUCAUAUUUAUUCAUCAUAUCAUCCAAGUUUAAUAAAUUGUAUUUUCAUCCCACAAUAUUUAGUGAUUAAUAAAAAUUGAAUUAUUAAUUGUUUGUCAAUUUCUCUUUAUUUUCUCUAUUGUGAUAUAGGAUUUUAAAAGCAUGUAUUUGUGAUUUAUUACAAUCAGAAUACUGUAUAGUUGUAUACUAGGAUGUGUAAAAGAUACAAUACAUAUAAGAUUAUCAUGGAAACGUUUUAAUACAAUAAUGUAAUUUAUUUUGGUGUAUACUGCCUGGAAAAUCUAUUAUUGAAAUGUUUAGAUGAUAGUGACGUAUUUUGUAAUACAGUAUUGGAUCAUUAAUAACUAUUCACUUUGAAUUCAAUGGAGUGCAAUUAAAUUUUAUUUACCAAGUUGCAAUCUACACUGAAUAUUGAAUAUAGGUAUCCAAGUUGAAUGCAAAUGUCAUGCAGGUAGUUGUUUGUAGAUCGAAGAGUAUAAUUUCAUCUGGAAUAUUAUUUCUCUCUCAAAUUCACUUUCCGAGAAAAGCUAUUUUCUCAACGGAUUUGUGAGUUCUUGGCAUUCCAGUUCAAAUGCCCAGUUGAAUCUCAAUUCGCGUUUAACACUUUUCAUCCAGCACCAUGAAUUCAUUAAUCUCUAUUGGAAUAUUUCAACUGAUGUGCCAUUCAAUCCGAAACUUGAUGCGUUAGUUCACAUCAAGCCUUAAUUUUUAUAGAUAAAUUCAACAAUAAAACUUACAACAAUUCAACGAUCAAUCAACUCUUAUUUAUUGAAAUUUGCAAUAUCACAAGAAUAUAUUUUGAAAUAGUGAUAGUCUUUUCAAAGACAAUUAUUAUCUCGUUCCUCCAACCUUUAGACAGAUGCGGUAGAUAAUAAUAUAUGUUCUAUGUUGAAACGUUGAUUCUUAGAGUAUAAAUUUUACAGUAGGAUAAAACUAUUAUUCAAGCUAUUUAAUCAUGAUUUUUUUGUAAUUUCCGUUCUCAGUUGGUAUUGAAACCUUUAACUGGGGACGUUAUUCUGAAAUAAGAUAAAAUUCUUCAAUCAAAUGUAUCAAACUCUCCAUUAAUUUACUCAAGCAAUGAACGAAGAAAAUAUUGUUUCUCUAACACAAUUUCUGAUGCAUAUUUAAAUUAUUACUUCAAUUAUUGCAGCAUUGUAAAUCUUUAAUAUUAUUAGUAAUUUAAAUAGUUCUCAAAUGAAUAUGUUUGCUGUGUUUUUCAUGAAAAAAUGAACAUAGGCUUAUUUAUGAAAACCCACUCAUUAUUGGUGCAGAAAGCCUCCAAGUAAAUUGAAGAAUUCAUGUUGUAACAUUAAUUUUUAUUGUUCACCUUGGCAAUAGAUUGUAACUCAUAACUCUGUAAUAAACAGUAAUGACAUUGCUAA